AUGGCCGUCUCUGUUGUGUUUUGCAUCAUUGCUGGUGUUAUUUGUAGGCUUGCAUUGUUUCAGACAGAUUUGCCGAUAUGGCUAGAGACAAAAAACGAAGUAGUAACACCCAUCACAGCCUGGGAAAGAGUUGAAGAAGGCUUGGCUUUAAAGAAAAGUAUGGUAUCACCUUACACUGGAGAUGUUUUUCAUGAGGUACAGCCAAUCAAUUCUUUAAUUCAUUUAAUUCUAUUCUUAAAGGAAUUAAGUGAUUUUCGUACAUUUCUAGUACUUCUGAAGACUAUUUUCACAUAUUCAAGACUAAAAUCAACCCCCAAAAUGCUGCACUUAGAUGUAAAGAAGUAUUCAGUAAAUGUUGAAGAUGUUUUAUUAAAAUCUAAAGAUUUAAGGUCACUACCUCUUAUAGUAGUAGCUGUACACGUAUUUAACCCAUAUAGUAUAUCUAUAUGUCUAGCUAAGUCUACAGCUGUAUUGUCCAAUCUAUCCAUAUUUAUUUUUAUAAUAAGAAAUAUUUAUAAGUUGGAUAAUUUAUUAUUAACUACAUUAUUCAUUGCUGUCUCUACUUACCAAUCAUUUUAUCCUUUUAUAUUCUGUUUACCUGUAGCCUCAUAUUUCUAUCAUGUAAGUUUUCAUUCCGCUGCUAUUAUAAAGCAUUAUAUUCCAUCAUUUGGACUUUUUUUAUUUUGGUUCAUGCUGUUACUUGGUAUAUCAUAUUCAAUAGAAGGAUCAUGGACUUUUCUAUAUUCGACCUAUGGUUUUAUAUUAAAUGUUCCUGAUCUCAGUCCAAAUGUUGGCGUUUUCUGGUAUUUCUUUACAGAAAUGUUUGAGCAUUUCCGUGUUUUCUUCAUUUGUAUUUUCCAAAUUAAUUCUGUCAUUUAUAGUAUACCAUUAGCAGUAAAACUAAAGAGAAGUCCAGUAUUUUUUCUCUACAUGAUGAUAUUUAUCACAUCAAUAUUUAAAUCUUAUCCAAGUUAUGGUGAUAUAGGACUUUGUUUAUCAUUACUACCAUUGUGGAAACAUACAUUUUCUUAUAUGCGCAAUUUAUUUGUUGUAACCUGUAUGUAUAUUGUUUGUACAGUAUUUGCUCCGAUCCUGUAUCAUUUAUGGAUUUAUGCUGGAAGUGCCAAUGCAAAUUUUUAUUUUGCUAUAACACUCGCAUUCUCAGCUGCACAGAUAUUUUUAGUAACAGAUUUAUUAUUUGCGUUUUUGCGAAGGGAGUAUGAUCUAUAUCAUGGAACAAACCAUAAAUUAGAAAAUGGAAAAACUACUCAAGUUGUUUUGGAAUAA